CCAUCACCGUCGAUAGGGUCCACCUCUAGAAAAUUUAAUUUCGACAAUUAUUUAUUGUUUUUCUGGACGUGUGAACAAUGGAGCGAUCCGGCGUGUUUGAGCAGCUGGCCUGAGCGCCGGCUGCCCGAAUCCCCCGGAAUCCCACUCCGACAGAAGUCCAGAGUGUCUCCCGCCGCCAAACGAACCGCACGCACAUCUGGCAGCGGAGUGUAAACAAACCCGAGAGAUAUGAUAAUUGUGCGCUUAUUAUGCAAAAACUAGUUUGGAAGCGGCGCGCCGGUUGUUGAACUCUUGACACUUGACUGGUUGGCUGGCCGGCGAAAAUAGAGAACCGCCCGCGGGUUCAAUAAGAAUCGGCAAAUCGGUCGAGUCAGCACCUCUGGGAAUUCAAUUCGGUAAAGUCAACGAAACAAGCCACAUGUAUGCCUACAAGAUGGGUCGAGUUCCAGAGCUGGUUAUAUGCUCCUUUAUCGUGGUCAGCUUGCUGGUCAUACACUUCUUCUCGGAUCUGCUGCGAGCCUCGCUUGGAGGCUACUACAACCAGGAUGUGACCCUUUCCCAGCUGGUGGAGGCCCAGAGCUCGGACUACGCCUGGCUGCUGAAGCUCCUGGUCAAUUGCUUUGGCUACAGCUGCGUCUUUGUGCCGGGCUACUUGAUCUACAAAUAUGUGGGACGCAUAAAUUACUUGGAGAGGGGCAAUCAGACCAUCCUGCAUAGAGCCAUCAAUAUGUGCAUCACGGGAAACUCUGGGCACGAUCAACUGGAUGCCGGAAGCAGCUCCACGGAUAAGGAUCGUCCGGCGGCUUCAGUGGCCCCCAAACGCACAAGUUCCCAGGAGGCAGUGCAGCUUUUAUGGUGCUUUGGCGGAUUGAUGGUCUCCUAUCUCACUUGGGGCGUGCUGCAGGAGAAAAUAAUGACUCAGCACUAUCUCAAUUUCGCGGGCGAGAGCGCCAAGUUCAAGGACUCACAGUUCCUGGUGUUCUCCAACCGAUUGUUGGCCUUUUUAGUGGCUCUGGCCUACCUGCAAUGGCAGCCCUCACCAGUGCGACACCGGGCUCCGCUGUACAAGUACUCCUAUGCCUCCUUCUCGAACAUAAUGAGCGCUUGGUUCCAGUACGAGGCCCUAAAGUUCGUCAACUUUCCCACUCAGGUGCUGGCUAAGUCCUGCAAGAUUAUACCCGUAAUGCUGAUGGGCAAACUGAUGUCCAAGGCCAAGUACGAGAGCUACGAGUACGUCACAGCCCUGCUCAUCUCACUGGGCAUGAUCUUCUUCAUGAGCGGCUCCUCGGACAGCAGCAAAGCCAGCGGUGUGACCACGCUCACGGGCAUCUUCCUUCUCUCAAUGUACAUGAUCUUCGACAGCUUCACCGCUAACUGGCAGGGAUCGCUCUUCAAGAGCUACGGCAUGACGUCGCUGCAAAUGAUGUGCGGCGUGAAUCUGUUCUCAUCCAUCUUCACUGGAGCCUCACUGUCGAUGCAGGGCGGAUUCAUGGACUCGUUGGCAUUUGCCACAGAGCAUCCAAAGUUCGUGUUUGAUAUGGUGGUGCUUUCCAUUUGCUCAGCGGUCGGCCAAUUGUUUAUCUAUCACACAAUUGAUGUCUUCGGCCCAGUUGUGUUUACUAUAAUAAUGACGCUGCGACAGGCCGUGGCCAUCAUGCUCUCUUGCUUCAUCUAUCAGCACAGCAUUUCGGUGCUGGGCAUCUUCGGAGUUCUCAUCGUCUUCGUGGCCAUCUUCCUGAGGGUCUACUGCACCCAGCGGUUGAGAGCAAUGCGCAAACGGGCCGAGGCCAACAAGCCCAAAAUGGCCGUCUAACCAGGUACACUAACUCGCCUCGAAUACAACGCACAGACUUCCUAGCUCAGCCUACUUUUUGUACUGAUAGCAGCUCAUGGUAGAUCCACUUCCAAAGCCCAAACAGAGGCUGCUUGGUCUCCCCAAAAAUGUACAGUUUUGUUUUUCUAGUUCUAAGUUGAAUGUAUACUUAUAACCGUGGGCGUAGACGCCUAACAAACGAUUUUUGUUCUUAAAUAGACAUUUUAUAUGUACCUAUACUACAAAAA